CCCGGCUGUAAUGAGAGCCCUUCCCUUGGCAAAGUUGGCAAGACAUUAGAGCAUAAGUCUUUAUGGCACCCGUAGGAAUGCUACAUCCUAGAUGCUGAUGGCCCCAGCUUCAACCAAGAUGCAUAAACUUCAAAUGAGACAAAGGAACAAUGUGGCUUCUGUUGUAAAUGUGGCACCGAAAUAGCAGAGCUAGAACCAAAAAGAUAAUUCAAAUUGGAGCUUUGUCUUCUCAGAAGUGAUCAGUGAAAACAUGACUAAAAGUCAUCUUGAUGCUUUGAUGUCUGGGAAACUGGGAAACUUGGGAAAGACCUGGUAAACUUCAUAUAACCUUGGAAGAAACCUCCCACUCUUACCACCACCAAAUGACAAAAGAAGUUACUUAUGCAGAUCUGAAAUUCCAGGACUCCAGUAAGACAGAAAAUCUCCAGGAAGUUGACAAAUUUGGGAACAAAGCACCUCCUCCUCAUUCCCAUGUAUGGCGCCACACAGCCUUGUCCCUGACUCUUCUAUGCCUUCUGCUGCUCGUUGGAUUGGGAGUCUUAGGAAGCAAGUUUUACACAACUUUGAAGAUAGAAAUGGAAAAAUUGGAUAAACUACAAAAUAUCAAUGAAGAACUUCAGAGAAAUGUUUCUCUACAACUGAUGAGUAACAUAACUAGCUCCAACAAGAUCAGGAACUUCUCCAUCACACUGCAAAAAAUGGCCACUAAAUUAUGUUAUGAGCUAUAUAGAAAAACACCAGAGCACAAAUGUAAACCUUGUCCAAAGAGAUGGAUGUGGCAUGAAAACAGCUGUUAUUUCCUAUAUGAUACUACUCAAGAAUGGCAAAAGAGUAAAAUGGAAUGUGCUGCUCGGAAUGCCAGCCUGUUGAAGAUUAACAACAAGAGUGCAUUGGGCUUUAUAAAAUCCCAGCAUUUAUAUAACUAUUGGCUGGGAUUAUCUCCCAGAGAAGAUUUCAUCUCCUACUAUGAAUUGGAUCAGAUUUUCAACUCCUCUGCCUGGGAAAUAAGAAACACAACUGACUUAAAUGAGAUUUAUUGUGGAUAUCUAAGUGGAAUAUAUGUUGUAUAUGAUUACUGCAAUAAAAGAAAAAGAAUGAUAUGUGAGAAGAUGGCCAAUCCAGUGAAGAUUGAAAGUAUACUGACCAAUGAAGUUCUAGAUGAAAGAAUAUAGUUAGUGCAAUUAUUUUGUUUCAGUUAAUAUCCUGCAAGUGCAGGCAACUUUAGAAAGCAUGUAUCUCCUAAACCAUACAAAUAGAAUGAAAAUCCUGUGAGACUAAAUUUUUGCCUUUCUCCUAACAUAUGCAUCUUGAAACUUUCUUUUUUCUCCUCAUUUGCUGAGUAUAAGGAACCUAAAGUCAUAUCUUAUCAGUUAGAUAUAGUGUAGAUGCUUUUCAGAAUAAAAAAUAGGGUUUCCUGGUGAGAAUACAGGAAUCUGAAGCUGAUUUUUUUUUUUUUGCUUUUCCAAAAAUAAAUAAGGGCAAUUCCAACCUUAUAGAAAAUCAGAGAAAACUAAAUCCGAAAAAUAUAGAAAGGAUAAUUCAUUUUGAUCAGUUGGGAUUUAUUCUAAUAACACAGGUUGAUUUACGUUUUGAAAAAAACUAAGAAAGAAAAAACAAUAGACGUAAAAAAUGCAUUUGGUGAAAACAACACCCAACUCUAAUAAAACUUCUCAGAUAACUAGAAGCAGGUUUCCUAAUCUGAUAAAGACUG